AUGAGUUCUCAGAUAAAUCCUCAGGUUUCAGUACCUAAGUUUCUUUGUCAAAAAGAAUUUUGCAAGAAUAAAUCAGAAAAUAUGAGAACGAUUUUCUCCUGUAAUUUGUAAAAAGAUCUUCAUAUUGAUUCUAUUAUUAAUUGCAAAGGUUGUAUUGGAAAGAAAAAAGAUCCAUCCACCAAUUUAUGUUAAAUAAAUCUUGAUGACUUGUAUUUGCAAUUGAGAACACAUAAAAUACAUGAGAAAGAAAUAUUGGAUUAUCUUGGACAAUAAAAUCAGAAAUUAGAGCAAACUAUUUAAAAUGCUAGAAAUAAGAUAGAAGAAUAAGCUAGGAAAAUAAGAGAGAUUGGUUAAACUAUUAGAUAAAUGUGUUUGUUUCAAGAAAAUUCUAAGUUAAUGGAAUUUAUAAAUAGAGAAGGAUAGGCUUCAUUGGAUCUAUUAAUAAAGAUGGUAUAAGAGUUAAGGGAAAGAAUUUUGAUUGUUGAAGACGGAGGAUAAAAUAGUCAACAGUAGAUACAAUAUAAUCAAGAUAAACUCAAUGUUAUUUAUGAAAAUGGAACUAUUAGAAUUGAUGAGUUUCUAAAAAAUAAGCUACAGUAAAUGGCAUAGAUGAAUAGUCUUUUUGAAAAAUAGGUUUCAUUAAUAAAUAACGAUAAUUUUAAUUUUAAUCUAGAAAGAAACUAAGAUGUUACAUCAAAUUACUAAAAGAUUGAAGGGAAUUUAUCUGUUAAAAAGAUUUACAAUUUGAGAUUUAAUCGAUCUAAUAAUUUGUUUGCAAUUGGAACUAGCAAUUUUGAUGAUUAAAAGGCUAAUUGUAUGGAAAUUUGGAAAAUUGAAAAUAAUAAAAUUGAGUUAGUUUAAAGGUUGAAGCAAUAUCCAGAUGUUACUGCCUUUUGUUUUAGCAAAAAGGAUGAUUCCCUAAUUACAGGAGGUUUGGAUUACAAAAUUAUUCUUUGGUAGUAAAUUUCUAAUGGGGAAAAUCCAUAUCAAGAUUUGGGAAAAAUGCCAAAUAUAUUAACAAAGGGAUAAAUUAAUUGUAUUGAAAUAAACUAAAAUUCAAAAGUUUUAGCAAUUGGAAGUGAAGACCUAAUUAUUUUGGGUUAAAAUAAUAAUAAUUGGGAAUUAAUUAGUUAAUCUAAAUAAAACGUUAAGAACAUAGCUUUUUCCAAUUGUAAUAAAAUAAUUGUAGUUUAAUGUAUCAAAAAUAAGGAAGAGAAAAUUGAAUUAUAUUAUAUUAAAGAGUAGGACAAUUAAAAAAUUGUAAUAAUACCUUACAUAGAUUUAAAUUAGACACAAUAAAAUUAAACUAUAUCAAGUACAAGAUUCGUGUUUUCAAAUUUACUAAAUUAAGUCAAGGUAUAUAAAUUGAACAACAAUGAAUUAUCGAGUGUAGAUAAUGAAACAAUCGAAUAAUUGAACUUAAUUUAAAAAAAUGGCAUUGGAUUUUGUUCAAACUUCAAUAGUACCAGUCUUUUAGCCUAUUCAUAAAAUAUUAACGAUAAGGCAGUUACUUAGAUACUCAAAAUCAACGAAAACAAUUAAGUAACCUUGCUUUAAUCAAUUUAAUAAAAGGGAUAAAAAUUAUUUUUCUCAAAUGGUGGCAAGAUACUUGUUAUUUGGGAUGGGAAUAAUUUGGUUGUCUUCAAGAAUCAAUCUAAUGCAAGAUGAGAAUGAUAUUUGCAAUUUAUAGAAAGUGC